AUGGAACAGAAGGCCCAGAAUAAGAGAAGACGCCGCUCUUCAAUAACUCAGCAACUUCACCGGAUCUUCAAUGUUGACAGGGAGGAAUUUCAAAAGCAGCGAGAGUCCCGGCAUGUUCCUUCAAACGCAAGUGCAAGCGCUACGCCUGAUCAGCAUUGGCAGCAUAGGAAAGAAGGGACUGACACUACAUCAUAUCACAAUGGCCAGUACAACAAUCAGUCUUCUCACCAGCCUACGAAGGGGAGUCCUGAUCUGGGCGAUUUGGAUUUUGCCCAGGCAUGUGGUGCGGCGUCCGGAGAACCGCAACUUCGUCCUGGACGCCAGAAAUCCUCGACAGGAUUAGAGCAUGCUGUAGAGAAAGCCCAAGGCUUUUUUAGAACGCCCGAAAAUGCUGUUCGGCUUAUUGAGACAUCUACUGCUCAAAAUGUGACCAAUAGUGUCUCGCAAAAGAAGGAGAAACGAGUCACGCGACGCCUGGAAGCAGAGAGGAUAGAGCUUGAGAAACGACUCUCGAAGCUCGAACAGACACAAUUGGCAGGGAACCGCAAUUCACUGAAAAGGGAGACUCGUCGCCUGACAAAGAAGCAGCCCCUUGGUAGCUCUAGCAGGGGCUCUAGUGUGAGUGCUGACGAAUCUCGGCCUUCUUCGAAGCGUCUUUCUGCUUUGUUCUCAAUAUCCAGGCGUACAUCAAUGUCGCGAUCAAGCUCUGUAAAUGGCAGGAAUGGCGAAGAAUCAACAGAUAGCGCACCUAUUCCAACGGAAACACCGGCGGACGAUGUUUCAACCUUGCAGGUCGCUAAACCCUCUUUAUCCACAAGUUUGCCGGAGCGAUUUAGUGCAGUAAUAUCAAAAGGGUUAGUUGUUGGGAACAAUGCUCUGCUUCAAGACCAGACGCCACUGGCGCAGUCCUCGCCAUCACCACCAGCAACCACAACUGCAACGAACCAAUCAGAGACACUAGAAGUGAACGAAGAACGCUCCUUACAGAAGCCUGAACCAACAUUAGACCAUGCGAAGCACCAGAUCCACGAUUAUGGCGAAUCGUCAAAGUCACAUAGCUUACACGCGUCGCCUGAUUUGGACCGGAUAUCCUUCGCAGCGACUCUACACCUCGCAAGAAGGGCUCGAGAUAACAAUCAGCUCCAGGGCCGGUCACCAGGCACGGUUCAGCACCCACCGCUUGUUCAGAGGGAUGUAACACAGAAUGGAAAGCUCUACGACUCGCAAACUCCUGGGUCAUCAAAGAUGGGCGCAGUUUCUCAACCGAACCCAAGUGCAGUUGAGAACCCAAGCAGCUUACCAACUAAGGCAUCAGUCAAGUCUGUUCCCAGGAGAACUUUCAAACCAUCCCCCCUUGCAGGUGACUCGACAAGCCGCGGGAGUUCUAAAUCACUUGCUGGAAACUCCAGCGCUUCGCGUUUGCGCAAUUCUGGAGGAUCCAGUGGCGCGAAACGAACUCCAUCCUCCCCAUUGGUGACGGUUGCAACGAGCAUGUCUCCUGCUGUGGGAUCUUUACAAUUCUUACAACCUUUAAUCAAUAGCCAAUCGGAGACAGAAAGGGAAGGUAAGGCACUAGAUGCCGCCUCUGAACGUACGCCCAAAUCGAACAAUUCUGCAAACACACGUGUCUCGAAAGAACAAGAAGCCCUCGAUUACGUUUCUUCGCAACACCUACGGACCCGUCAUUUGACUCACAGCUCAGCAACGAUUUCAUACGCCCCACAACUGUCUGUGAAGUCACGAAUUCAGGCUUCAACUAAUGACAAGAAUAUUAAUCAUUCGAGCCUGAAACAUAAUCGCCAAGAAGAAGCUACAGCUAUUCAUGGUUCCCAAACAGCGAGGGUCAACCAGGAUAUACCUCCCCUGCCAGAGCACAAAUUAGCUGGAAGACUUGAUGCCCAGCAAUUUGCAACUCCAGGCAGCGCAUCUUCACGAAGCUCAUCUCCAGAGCCUUGUUCGGAAGACUACAAUACUGCGGAUGAAACAGGAUCGAUAGGAUCUGUACCCCGAGGCAAUAAUGACUGCUUGGAUGGUAAGUGUGCGGCAGCAUCUGGGCCCUGUUUUGUGCAGAAUAUGGUCGAAUCGAACGAUUCCACCACCCGUGCGAGCAGAUUCUCAGAUGUCGCGGUAUCCAAGGUGGGCGACCCGCACGGUGGCAGGUCGACCACAGAGACAGGAACCUGCAAAAGGAAUCAGUCAAUCACCAAGACUUUUGUGAUCUGUUGCUCAUGUAAAUACUGGCAUAAUAUGCCGCCUGAGAUUUAUUCGAAGGUCGCCAGUCCAGAUACUUGUUCGGUCCCUACCAGAAAUGGCCUUACUCUUCUUGGUCGCAGUUCAUCUUUCGCCGGUCGAAAGGCAAGCCGGAAAUUAACUCGCAGUACCCAGAUUAAGUCUGCAUUAUUGAACGAGCGACCUGCCAACGAGAGGGCCACACUGGGAUCGGAAACAAGAUCUCGAUUUGCUGACCCCCCCUUACGGUGCUGUUGGUGCGACCAUCCCAUGAGCAGGCUUUGUUGUGAAGGAUGGACUACCACGGUCUACAAGCACGAGAGACAGUUUUGA